AUGGCAGAUCUUCAACGAGUCAUAUGCCCAAGUUCUGUCCCGGACAAAUUUGCCGACCCGAUUGUUUCUCACAAUUGCUUGCCUCAAACGGACGUCGCCGAAGCUUUGCCGGUUUUGAGCACUACGUUUGACGUACUCAGCCGAUAUGCCGGUGAAUAUCAUUGCAAACAGAAUCGUCUGUCUAGUCCUCGGAUGUCUGUUAUUUCAGCCGAAGGUCUAGUCCAGUUGAAUACGGAUCUCACGAAGUUGCCCAACAAGGAAUUCAAAACAGUAUGGAGACACGUGCUGUUUCUAAUUCUACACGUGGGCAAAGCCCAUUUUAACAUUGCCAGCUAUGAUGCCUCCGGAAAAGAACUCGGUCCCGGAAGUGCUCCGCAUCAUGUUUCCGAAUUGGAGAGCUUACAACCGUACUUCUCAGGCACUUGCAGACUGCGGCAUUUUUUCAAUUGGUUGGUUUGGUUCUGUGCUACAAUAUUCGGCGUGCUGAUUGCCCUCUCUCUGUUUAUCGGACUCGUCCUGCUCCUACGCUGGAUUCGUACCAAACGCCUUCAAGCGGCUGAGAAGCAUUCUGCUCGAAUCCGAGAUCUGGUUGCCAGUGUGGUCCAUAUGCUUCAACAACAACUACGCGAAAACGAGAGCAAUUCCGAACAACCGCCAUACAUACCGGUCUAUGUGUUACGUGAGCGACUGCGUCAACAGCACACGGACGCUGCACAGUUGUGGCCCGAUGUCGUGCGCUACGUGUAUGAUGUGGAAACGUGUAUCGGUGUUCAAGAAUGGCGGGGUAUCGGUGAAACGUGGCAGUGGCAAGGUGGAACUGGCUGGCAAGGAUCCGGUGGAAUCAGGUCUCUGGAAACGCUUGGUCGAAAGCACACGGAGACGGAUUUCGGCUCUUGGCGAUCAGGUAUCGUCCGCCAACUAAUGUCACUGGUUUGCAUUGUCAUCUUCAUACUUGUACCCCUCUGGUAUUCCUGUCCUCCUCCUGUCUUGACUAUUUCGAUCCGCGUUCGUGCUUGA